AUGAGUGACAAAAUUGAAUUACAUUCAUAUUGCAUACGCGGAAAUAAAAGUGACUCUGAAGAAUAUCAUGAAAUUAACGAGAGUGCAGUUUAUUCCGAAAAUCUUAUGCAAACAGUCCCACAAAGUCCAAAAACACAAACAUUUUUUUUUACAAAGCAAAUAAAGAAAAAUAAAAGGAAGAGAGUGAACAAAGAGAGAACAGAUCAUUCGAGCAACAUACUGAAAAUCUUAACUAAAAAAAUAGAUAGCGAAUCCUCGCCAAUAGUUAAGAACGUUAUUAAUGUAAUAAAACCAAACAGUGAACCAAGUUAUUUACAAAGUGAAUGUAGACUAGAUAAAAUAUUACAAUUUAAACCACACAUCUUUGACGUAGAGUACGGCGAUCGCCAGAGAAGCCUUAAACUGCAUCCAAAUUUUCCAAAUGACGAAAAAACCUCAGAGACGAGGGACACUUAUAUAUAUACCAAUUAUGUUGAGCCCCGCUUUUUUAAAGAUUUUGUUUCUGGGAGGUCAAUAACUAAUUUAAAUGUAACGCAAAAGUUUUUGGAUAUUUCAAUCAAUGGACUUAAUUUUACAUAUCAUCAUAGUUAUUCAUUAGAGAAAAUACUAUCUAUAAAAUUAGAAGAGUACUAUAUGGACUAUCUUGAGAUUGAAAAACAUAUAAUACAUAUAUUAAGAGGGAUAGAUGUAAAUAGGCAGACACGAGAAAAUCUUAAAGCGAAGUUCACUGCAAUUAGUACUAAGAAAAAUGAUAGUAUACGGUUUGAUGCAACUAUUCUAAAAUAUACAGCAGCUUUUCUAGAUUUUAAAGAAAAAUAUUAUUAUAAAUUGAACGAAAAGAGAAAGUUGCUUUCUAUUAUUUUAUCAUUGUGGUCAGAUAUAAAAAGUAUAAGGCAUAAGUUGGGCGUCAUUAACACUCCUAUUGUAUUAGAAGUAGAAAAACUUUACGUAAGCGUAGACACUCUCGCCGAACACUGGAAGGAAGUAUUUCAGAAGGAAUAUACAGAUUUUCUUAUUGAAUUAGAAUAUGAUUAUGUAAACAAAUAUUUAGAGUACAAAAAAUUUAAAAGUGAUGAGAAUUAUGCCAAAAACAAACUUGUUAAACCAAAACUUCAUAUUGAUCCAGAGCGAAUAAAACAUGAUGUCGAAAAACGUGUCGGUUUCUUAGUAAGCCCCGAAGAUGUAUCUGUUAGACUAAAAUUUGAUGAAACAAUACAAAAAUUAAAGCUAAAAACAGAAAUUCAGAGCGAAGAAAAAUAUAUUUACUUGAAAGUAUUCAUUGAUGAUGUGUUUGUAUGUGAAUCUGAACGUUUGGAAGUGAAAGAUAUUUCCGCAAUCAAUUAUAAUGAUUCUUUUACAUUGCAAAUAUUAGACAAUAAUAAAACACUCACUUUUAUCCUAUGUGAAGGGAGUAAAGAUAUUUCAGCUCUUACAAUGGAGUUGGACGAAAUUCGCAGAAAAUAUUUGAAUUCAGUACUUAUCAAUAAACACUUUGUGUGUUACAACAAAAUUAAGCCCACGUCAUUAUUCAUCGGUAAUGGAUAUACGAUAAAAGACAUUGCAGCCAUUAAUGAUGUGAUGCUAAAGAGUAACAAUUUAUUUCAAGGGAAAUUAUUAACAUCAUGUGAAAUCAAACUAAGUUUUUCCUGGAAUGACACCUUCAAUGCAAAUGAAAAUCCAAAUAUUUCAUUAAAAUAUUGUUUAGAUGUCAAAAAACAGAUUCAAAGAAUUCUUCAUGGCCUAGAUAAACCAAAUUUAAACACCUUAUUAGAUAUUUUAAAUUAUGUUUAUGAAUUUGAAAUCAAUGACGAAAAUAUUAUUAAGAGUUUAAAAGAUAUGUGUAAAUAUAAAACCAAACAAAACAAGUUUGAUUUUAUUAAUAACGAAAAUUGCACUCGUUUUAAGUUAUUGAAAUUAAGAAAUCAUGGACGUUUAGUUAAUGUUAUCGAUAAAAUUAUUCCCUUAUUUGAUUCUCAAAUAACGACAGAACAAUUAAGCACAAUGGAAAGUGAAGAUAAAGAAUUCAACGUUGAAUAUUUUGAAAGUCAACGUGCUAAUAUGGAUCCAAUAGAUUUAGAAAGAUACGUGGGCAUGAAGUUCAUAGAAAAAAUAAAUAAACAAAUCUUGACAGAUUUGAACGAUUGGCUUCUGAGGAAGACUCAUAAAGACGUUGUCAAUGAUUAUCAAGAUCUUAGUUUGAGGAGUAUAUUUUCAAUUAAAUCAAAUACGUCGUUGGCGACAUCAUCUGUAGCUAAACAAUCACUUGAAUCAGAACUAGCUAAGGAGCAAGAAAUUUACAUAACAGUUUUGCGGGCUUUUAAUUUAUUAGAUCGUUCCGACGCGGAACAAGAAUUCGACGAGAGCAUAGCUGGUUACAAAGUCCGCCCCCUAAGACCGUUUGUGAGAUUAAAUUAUAACAAUGAAUCAGUGCAAACAUGCACAGCAGUUGGAAAUAAUCCCACUUGGAAUUAUACUGCAAAAAUUAAAACUAAGCUCGAGCCACUCUCCUCGAUAUACAUAAACGUAUACGAUGAACAUACGGUUAAUAUUAGCCAAGAGCUAGAUCAAUCAUUUCGUUUCAGGCGUUACAAUAAAUGGCUGGGCACCCUUGCCAUCCCGAUAAACACAGUUUUAAAUUUAGGUUCGCUCCGUGGAACAUUCAAAAUUACAACACCACCCAUUAUUUUUGGCUACGAAAGCGCUCCAAAGGCAUCCACAUCAGUAAUACCAGAAAUAAUUCGACUUAUGAAGAAAGACACUGCUUUCCUCACUCUUCGGAUUACAACAAGUCUUUGCAAUUUGGGCGGGCUUCGAUUUUAUAACCAGCCUUGCGAUAACGAUGGCCACAUUUUGCGGCAUUUAAAUAAUUUCGUAACAGAAUAUCUCAAUGAAUUUCCAGCAAGAAACCUGUCUCUCACUUUUAUAGACAGUACUGGGAGACAUAAAUGUGUAACUGAGUUCCUUCAGCCUCUGCCCCUUCCAGAGAUUAAUUUAAGCGAUACAAAAUCAAUGGUACCUUCUUCGAGGAGUUCUCCGAAGACUAAUAUAAAUGCUUUCGAACUAACCGAUAUCUCGCAAAUGGUGAAUUUUGCUAUUCGCUACGUAUCGUUAAUACCUACCUAUGAAGUUAUUCAAACUCAUGUUGUUACUCUACGUGGGAUCGAACUAUUGAAGGUUCUUUAUGGAUCGCCGCUAGACCACACCUUACUUUUAGCGAGCUACUUAAUUGCGUUAGGCAUCAAAUGCUAUGUGGCCAUAGGUUACGGACUGCCUAGAGGUCUCAGUAGUUAUGUUUUGGUUAAAAAUAAUGGUCGUAGGAUUGUAAUGGCCUCCGAUAUAGAAAAAACAGGGUUAUUUAAUAAAGAAGAAUAUGAUGUAUCCGUUUUCGACGCAGUUAAUGGUGAAAACCACGAUAUAAGGGAUAUCGGUUGUCCUCUGAAGACCGUUAACUUUGUAUUUGAUCAUGAAAAUAUUUGGGUGAAUAUACAAUCAUAUCAAGAUUGUGAGAAUUUAUCGUUCGAUUUUACGAAAACUUCUAACUGGCAAACGGUUUUUGAUAAAACUAUAUUUGUAUUAAAACAAACGGCUCUCACGUCUUACGCGUACAAUCCACCGUCUGAUGUAGCCGACUUGAGAAAUAAUUUGGAAACUAAAAUUAAAGAAAAAAUACAGAAAUGGAGAUGGAAUAUCAAAACUGUGUGGAACAGGUAUUUAAGCAACAUUCUGCGAGAAUCUUUAACACAGUGGGAAUAUUGGAGUUUCAAUACAAAUGCCGUAAAACCUGCAUCCAGUGAAACUAUGAGGCAAUUAAUGGCUUCGUAUAAGAUUUUUGGAUUCCCGAUAAAUAUACCCUACGUCAACACAAAAUCGGUGACAUCAAGGGUUAAAUCUACAAUGUUACACGUGAACGACGACCCUAACGCUGAAUUCGGGUUGGCCGUAGAAGUGUACGCCUAUCCUAAUAAUGUUUUAAGUGUGUGGAUAUUUCUUGCCAGCAUGUCUAGAAUGUAA